UAGGAGUAGGAUUUAAUUGUGACGCUACAUUUCGCUCACCAGUUGUCCUGUAGCGGUCCAAGUAACUCACACUAUAUGCUUCUAGUUCCGCUUUCUAGAACUCUUAAAUUCCUCAAAGAUAAACAUUUUGUAUAAACUGGACAAAUUUCUAUGCGAUUAAAGAUAACGGAAAAUAUCUACUUGGCACUAUAGAACUGAGAUGAAAUGUAAAAAGGAAAAAUCACUAAAACUACUAUCUUGGGAAAAAAAGCUUGACAGAAAAUUCCAGUUUGUAAAUGUUGAUAGUACAAAUGAUAAUUAUCUCUCUGCUGAUGAAUCAACUGAUGUAACCAUUAUGAAAACAGUCACACCGUUUUUAUCAAAGGAUGGUGGUGGUCUACGUAAGCCAUCUGUAUCGAAAUAUUUUGAGGCUGAAUCUGUAAUAGAUUUGGAUCGAUUAUGUGUUUCUGGGGAAGAUCUACUAUUUCAUAGCAGUAUACCUGAACACCGUCAAACUAUCAAGUAAUAUUCUGUUGUCUGAUUUUAAAUUGGUGUUCGGACACAUGGUACAAUAAUUGUAAUUGUUUUGUAUAUAUUAUUUUGUGGAUUUAGUGUUUCUUGAAUGGAGAUGUUGUAUUUCUACGAGAGACUUACUUCAGCUAUUGUGCUAUAAAUUAAUAUUUCGUCUGCGAAUAAAUAAGUUCUUGAUAGACA